GGACCAACAAGUACCACAUUUUAGACUCUGAUAAAGAUGUUGAACUAUAUAGUUUGAAUGAAGUAUUACAAUUAGUUUCAAGAGUUCUGUUCCACAUGCGGAUCAGGCAUGAUGACUGUCAUAGGACUAUAGGAGUUCCGACAGCCAUAACGCCAUAACUGCUUUCUGGAAUAGAGCCCUGAACAAUAAGGUCCUAGAUUUAUACUGUAACGGAAGAAAGGUACAUCAAGGUGUAGUGGUCUCAGUAGCAUAGUGGCAGUAUUUGGUUGCUGUCAUCGAUAUUGUAACCGGCCCGUGUCCGUGACGUGGCCAACGAUGUUGCUUUCAGUGGACGGCGUGUGGAAUGGCUGGGAGACAUGGGGUGACUGCUCCAACAUCUGUGGGGGCGGGAUGCGAUCUCGGACACGCACCUGUCAAGGCCCCUUCUUUCAGGGGGCUCCUUGCCUUGGGGAAGUGAGUCACACAGAGGAAUGCAACACAUUUGAGUGCCCAGUGGAUGGUUCUUGGCUGCCGUGGCAUGAUUGGCGGGAUUGCAGUGUCACGUGUGGUGGAGGUCAACAGAUCAGAAAACGGGACUGUCUCAAACCUAAAUUUGGCGGCAGUAACUGUGAAGGAGAGAGUCAGCAGACAAGACAAUGUAGCACACAGGAAUGUCCAGUGGAUGGCGUGUGGCGAGAAUGGAACGAGUGGUCCGCAUGUUCACGCAGGUGUGAUACUGGCACGCAGACACGCAAUCGCACGUGUGACGGGCCGUAUUUCGGCGGAAGCGACUGUGUUGGGCCGACAUCGGACUUGCGAAACUGUAACACCCAUACCUGUGCAGUUGAUGGAGUGUGGAAACACUGGUCAGACUGGUCAAUUUGCCCAGUUAUGUGCGGUGGUGGUACUUCUCAAAGAUCAAGGUCAUGCGAUGGCCCUUAUUUUGGUGGUAUAAACUGCAGUGGACUUUGGAGUGAAGGGCAACCGUGUGGAACAGAACCUUGCCCUAGUAUGUGCACUCGUCUCACUCUUAAGUUGUAUCAUUCAGCGAUAUUGCAUGUUCUGUCAGUUGAGGGGAGUUUCGUUCGUACCAUACAUACCAGGAACUAUAUAUUUUCAUACUUGGUUUCACUUUUCUUGGGGGUUGCUAACAAAACUUGCCUUUGUUGGAAUGGCUGUCAAUCAUGGACUCUGCAAGCCUUUUUUCCUUUAUUUGUAAUGGGAACAGAAGGUUUCAGAAUAUGCUGAAGGAAAGCUGCAAUUUUCAUAACUCAUCUUUCAGUUGUUUGGGUUUGGGAAUCCUGGUCUAAAUGGUCAUCUUGCCCAGUCACAUGUGGCGGAAGUAUGUCACGGAGAUCAAGGUCAUGUGAUGGUCCUCGGUUUGGCGGGAAAAACUGCAGUGCUCCCUGGCU